GUAGUGAGUGGGCUUGUGUUUCUCCCCACUUCAAGUUCCAGCGUGUGCGUUUCUUUUUAAAUAGUGAUUUUUUUUUUUCUGUUAUUGAAUAAGAUCAUGUUUUCUGUCAGGAGCGCGCCUGUGAUUGUCGAGAGAGUGCGCGUCAAAAAAUUUGACUGCGCCGUAUGCGCGCGCUACUCACAAGAAAUGCUUGUCUGCUCGGCUUAUUUCUCUCCACCUUUCAGAUGAGAAAGGGCUAUAUAGGGAGAAGGGGAAGAGGUUGUUUAGGGAAAUAAAUUAGCCUCAAAACCACAGAAAGCAGCCACGGGUGGAAGACUUUGGAUUGGCAAAGGGGCAGAGCAGAUACUAGAAUACAUUAAACCCGAGUCAAUCCCGUUCCAACGGGCAGCGUUAUAAUCAUACCAAGGUCAAUACACCGAACGAGCGCACAAACCCACGUAAUUUAACGUAUUAGGCUCGGUACUGAAUUCGGAGACGGGGAAAUCACCACCAGAAGCUGAAGAUGGAGGGGGUGAUGCAGGGGAUGCAAGCAUACGGAGCGGGGAAGGCUGGAGGAGCCUUCGACCCUUUGACGUUCUUUCAACAGCCUCAAACUAUCCUUCGGCUUGUGUGCUGGCUCUUCUCCAUCGUGAUCUUUGGCUGUAUAGCCAACGAAGGCUAUGUGAACCGGCCUGACGAGAUUGAGGAGUUCUGCAUCUUCAACAGGAACCAGAAUGCCUGUAACUACGCCGUGGGGAUGGGCACCCUAGCUUUCCUAAGUUGUGCUGCCUUCCUGGCCCUGGAUGUCUACUUCCCCCAAAUCAGCAGUGUCAAGGACCGCAAGAAGGCUGUGCUUGCUGACAUCGGAGUGUCUGCAUUCUGGUCAUUUGUCUGGUUUGUGGGGUUCUGUUUCCUGGCCAACCAGUGGCAGGUUGCCAAAGAGGAGGACAACCCUUUAAGGGAGGGCGCGGACGCAGCCCGAGCCACCAUUACCUUCGCCUUCUUCUCCAUUUUCACCUGGGCGGUGCAGGCCUUCCUGGGCUUUCAGAAGUACAAGCUGGGGGCUGACUCGGCCCUCUUCUCCCAGGAGUAUGUUGACCCUACCGCCGACCCCAACGCUGCGGCCCCCAUGGGCACUGACUACACGGGCUACACCGCCGACAUUGACCCCGCGGCCAGCACAGAGCUAGCCUUUGAUGGCUCCACUGGCUACCAGGGCCAGGAGUACUGAGCCAGAGGGCCAAGGGAGGAGGAGAAGGCCCAGGGAGGGGUAUUCAGCAUCAGGGGUGGUUUAAGAGGACAUGUUUGUGGUUUAUGGGACAUGGGGUGGCUUAAAGGUAGCCAAGUCCCAGAUCUGUUUGUGGUAGGUGUGAUAAUGAAAUACAGAGCCUUCAAAGUAUUCAAACCCUUUGACUUUUUACACAUUUUGUUGUGUUCCAGCCUAAAUUUCAAAUUGAUUCAAUUUAGAUUGUAUCACUGGCCGACACACAAUAGCCCAUAAUGUCAAAGUAGAAUUAUGUUAUUAAAUGUUGACAUGAAUUAAAAAUAAUAAUUAAUUUAAAGCUGAAAUGUCUUGAGUCAAUAUGUUUUCAACCAUUAUUUAUUUUAUGGCAAGCCCAAAUAAGUUCAGGUGUAAAAAUGUGCUUAGUUUGAGCAUGGGGCAGUUAUUAAUUAGAAUUUGCAUGCUGUAUCAAUACACCCAGUCACUUCAAAGACACAUGCAUCCUCCUAACUCAAGGAAUCAUCUCAGAGAUUUCACCACGAGGCCAAUGGUGACUUUAAAACAGACUUUAAUGGCAGUGAUAGGGGAGAACUGAGAAUGGAUCAACAGCAUUGUAGUCACUCUAUAAUACUAACCUAAAUCAUAGAGUGAAAAGGAGGCCUGUACAGAAUUAAAAUAUUCCUGUUUGCAAUAAGGCACUAAAGUAAAACCUGCAAAAAAUGUGGCAAAGAAAUUAACUUUAUGUCCUGAAUACAAAAUGCUAUGUUUGGGGUAAAUCCAACACAAAAUAGCACUGACCACCACAUUAUUCAUAUUUUCAAGCAUGGUGGUGUCUGCAACAUGUUAUGGGUAUGCUUGUCAUCGGCAAGGACUAGGGAUUUUCUUUUUUUUUAAAUAAAAAUACAUGGAAUAGAGCUAGGCACAGGCAAAAUAUUAGAGGAAAACCUGGUUCAGUCUGCUUGCCAACAUACACUGGGAGACAAAUUCACCUUUCAGCAGGACAAUAACCUAAAUCACAAGGGCAAAUAUACACUGGUGUUGAUUACCAAGAUGGCAUUGAAAGUUCCUUAAUGAUCAACAACUAACUGGACAGAGCUUGAAGAAUUUAAAAAAUAAUAAUGUGCAAAUAUUGUACAAUUUAAGGUGUGCUAAGCUCUUAAAGUCUUACCCAGAAAGACUCAUAGCUGUAAUCGCUGCCAAAGGAUCUAACAUGUAUUGACUCAGGGGAGUAAAUACUUAUGUAAAUGAGGUAUUUCUGUAUUUAAUUUUCAAUACAUUUCCUAAACUUUUUAAAAACAUGUUUUAACUUUGUCAUUAUAAGGUACAUUAUUUAAUCAAUUUUGAAUUCAGGCUGUAACAACGAAAUGUGGAAUAAAUCGAGUGCUAUGAAUACUUUCUGAAGGCACUGUAGGAGUUGGCAUGAUAGCACUAACAGAUCUGAGACUUGAGUACAUGACAGGGACUUUGGGUGGAUCAGGAUCACGGGUUGGCAAUCACUGUGUGUGUGUGAGUGAGUGCUAAAACAUUGCCGGGGGAGGUGGAGGCAGGGUAUGGGGGAAAGCGAGGAACUUCUUAGAGACCAUGGUCGGUGUCUGGAAGCAGUUUGCCUUUAGUGUGGGGGGGUGGAUGCAGUUUUGGUUGGCCACUUCCAUGGGAUCAGACAGUUCUAACCAGAAGAGGGGUUCUUUUCUGCAGCCUUACUUCACUUCUGUGUGUCCCAAUUGUCCACACUUCUCCCAGAGUGUGCACUUGCAUACUCCCCAUCAUGGAUAAAAUGGGAUUGAUGUAAGCAUUGGCUGGAAGGAGUUUUCACCAACCCUUGAUGGGGAGUGCGCAAGUGCUCACUUUGGGAGAAAGGUGGAGAAUCAGGAUGCAGUCUUGGAACUCAUACACAUAUAUCAACACAAAUUAAAGAAUGAACCUUAGGAAUACAAUUUAUGUGCAUAACUACCUGAUGAUAUAGGUGAUGAGACCAGAACAACACAAGUCCUACGUAACACCACUGUGUUUUGUGGGCCUCAACACUGUGGCCCAGUCAUUGCACAAUGACCUAGGACCUGCUUGCCAUAUCUUUUCUGCCAGUUUAGCUUUCUUUGUUUGGUGUCUACUCGUGGUCAUGGAGGACUGCAUUGUUUAGUGUUUUCUGCCUAUCUAUGCCAAGUUAACACCCAAGCCAAACCUACUGUUAACAGUGCUAAAUCUGAAAGGUUAUCCCAUCAUACAGGCCAAAGGACAGGGUAUGACAUACAGGAACCAAACAACUAACAGUAAAGCACAACAAUAGACAAGCCACAAUUACACAUAUUGAGCUGUUAAAGAUGUGUGACCAAAUUCUAUAACGAUGACGUGUAAGCACCAAUAAAGAAGACAGACGUACAUAACCAACUUAAAAGCCAAGUCCUUUUCCGCCAUGCACCAAUGUUGACAGCCAACCAAAAUGUGACCAACACUGGCUUGACACUAGUAACUGACAUAGAAUAUGUCUUUAAAAUCAAAGUGAGAAUGUCAAUUGCAUACUCCUGUCCUCUCUCCUCACCUUCUCAAAACCUAUUGGAAGAGAAAGUCAGAGGGGUGGGGUGGGAUCUCUCAUUAGACUUAGCACUAGAAUACCAGCAGGUGAUUUCAGACAGACCAGUGCGUGUUAUCUCUUCUUUCAUGCCAACAGCUGAAGACCUUAGUGAUUUCUGUUUCCAAAUGUUCGUAAUGAUCCAUGUAUGUUUGACUGAGAGUUUUUUUCAAGGCAAAACAUGCUCAAGAAUUGUAUAUACAUUAAAAAAAUAGUUUGAGAUUUUUAAGUAUAUAUACAGUACCAGUCCAAAGUUUGAACACACCUACUCAUUCAAGCGUUUUUCUUUAUUUUUUACUAUAUUCUACAUUGUGGAAUAAUAGCGAAGACAUCAAAACUAUGAAAUAUCAUAUGGAAUCAUGUAAUAACCAAAAAAGUGUUAAACAAAUCAAAAUAUAUUUUAUAUUUGAGAUUCUUCAAAGUAGCCACCCUUUGCCUUGAUGACAGCUUUGCACACUCUUGGCCUUCUCUCAACCAGCUUCGUGGGAUAGUCACCUGGAAUGCUUUUCCAACAUUCUUGGAGUUCCCACAUAUGCUGAGCACUUGUGGCUGCUUUUCCUUCACUCUGCAGUCCAACUAAUAACAAACCACCUCACUUGUGUUGAGGUCGGGUGAUUAUGGAGGCCAGAUCAUCUGAUGCAGCACUCCAUCACUCUCCUUCUUGGUCAAAUAACCCUUACACAGCCUGGAGGUGUGUUUGGGUCAUUGUCUUGUUGAAAAACAAAUUAUAGUCCCACUAAGCGCAAACCAGGUGGAAUGGAGUAUUGCUGCAGAAUGCUGUGGUAGCCAUGCUGGUUAAGUGUGCCUUGAUUUCUAAAUAAAUAACAGAGUGUUACUAGCAAGCACUCCCAUACCAUCACACCUCCUCCUCCAUGCUUCAUGGGAACCACACGUGGAGAUCAUCCAUUCACCUACUCUGCGUCUCUUAAAUACAUGGCGGUUGGAACCAAAAAUGUCAAACUUGGACUCAUCAGACCAAAGGACAGAUUCCCACCGGUCUAAUGUCUAUUGUUCAUGUUUCUUGGCCAAAGCAAUUCUCUUCUUCUUAUUGGUGUCCUUUAGUAGUGGCUUCUUUGCAGCAAUUUCACCCUGAAGGCCUGAUUCAAGCAGUCUCCUCUAAACAGUUGAUGUUAAGAUGUGUCUGUUACUUGAACUCUGUGAAGCAUUUAUUUGGGCUGCAAUUUCAGAGGCUGGUAACUGUAAUAAACGUAUCCUUUGCAGCAGAGGUAACUCUGGGUCUUCCUUUCCUGUGGCGAUCCUCGUGAUAGCAAGUUUCAUCAUAGCGCUUGAUGGUUUUUGCGACUGCACUUUGAAGAAGGUUUCAAAGUUCUUCAAAUGUUCCGGAUUAUUAACUGACCUUCAUGUCUUACUACAUGAUUGAGUUAUUUCAUAGUUUUGAUGUCUUCAUUAUUACUCUACAAUGUAAAACAUAAAGAAAAACCCUUGAAUGAGUAGGCGUGUCCAAACAUUUGACUGGUAAUGCAUAUACUACAGAUAUUAUGAAAAAACAGGACAUUUUUAUUUUGUGGCAUACAUAACAAAUGUGUAAUUAUAUAUGUAUGAAAUAAAAAAUUGAAUACAUUAUUAUUAACCAGAUAUUACUAUGUUAUAAACUUAGAUAAUAUAUUGAACCUAUUAAUAAAAUAGCAUAUGUCUAUAUGUAUUAAUGCAUUUAAAGUGUGUGUGUUUCAAAAUAACUGACAUCUUCGGCUUUCAUUUUGUGAGGUACGGCAUUGUUUUCUGAAUCAGGAAACAUUUUCUUUGUCUUACUGUUUUACUGUUGCAAACCUUUCUGGGGCGAAACAAACUUUCUUUGGAUUGUCCGAAGUAGAUGGGUUGUAGAUGGUCACUUGAUGUUCAGUAACUGUCAACAACAUUUCAACUAACUAGUCACUAACCCUAACAUUAACCAUAAUCCUAACCCUAACCGUAACCUCAGCAUACAUUUGCUUAUCAACAGGUACUUAGUUGAUACUAUAACCAUCUGUAGUUCAUCUAUACGGGGCUAUAAAUAUAAAGUGUGACCAACAAUUAUAAAGAUAAACUGGGAUAACGGGACAAAAUUACCAAUUUAUAUAGACAUUGUGUAAAAAUUAUGUGGUCUUUGUGUGCUACUACCGAGUUGGAAAAAAAAAUAGUUGUAAUGCUUUUGAUGUAAUGAUUUUUGAUUAAAUUAAUCAGAUAAUUAAUUAGGGAUAAAUGUACAUAAUUAUUUCCUGUUUGUUGCUUGUUUGUGAAAGAUCUGAUGUAGAUGUGGUGGACUUUGUCGGGAGACGAUCAAUAAAGGAAAAGCUGUGGUAUGUUUGAACUUGA